UGUUUUUGUUAUCAUUUUGCAACAAGCAAUUUAACUUAUUAAUACAAGUUACAAAAUCUAGAUAAUACUUUAACUAAUAAAAUGUUAACGUCUAUGGUAAAAGAACACCAUCAAAAACAAGUCGUACGCAAAGAAAUCCAAGAAACAAAGAGAAAAGAAGCAUGUACAUCUGCUUCCAAUCUUACCCAGGCCUUGGUGGACCACUUAAAUGUUGGUGUGGCUCAAGCUUACUUAAAUCAAAAACGCCUUGAUGCUGAAGCCAAACAACUGCAUACAAAUGCUGCAAAUUUCUCCAAACAGACCCAGCAAUGGUUGACACUGGUUGAAUCAUUUAGCAGUGCAUUGAAAGAACUAGGAGAUGUGGAGAAUUGGGCAAAAACAAUUGAAGCUGAUGUGAAAACCAUCACUAUGACACUGGAAUCUGUGUACAAGAGCUCACAGGAACCAGUGGUGUCAACUAGUCAAGCCCCCAGCAUAUAAUACGCAUCAUUUCCUAAUAUAUUAAUUAAUAGGUUAUGUAUUCCAUGCAAAAGGAGAUUUUUAUUUAUAUUUUGUUACUCGGUAUAUGACCUUGAGAUGUGAUUAGUCACUGCGAGAAUGAUUCACAGCUUUCACAUUGAAUUUGUUAAACCGUUGUUUUCUUUAAGAAAGAUUAUAAACCACAAUGGUCGAUAAA